AUGUGUGGACGCUAUGCUUUGGGCGUGCGCUUGGCGUACAUCCAACAGCGCCUUCAGGAGCGAGGGAUGCAAGUGGACGAAGUGCCUGACGAUGGCGAAGUACGAGAGACAUACAAUUUUGCCCCCGGUAACAUCGGAGCUGUGUACCGUGCAGACAUCUCCGAAAAGCACCGCACAGGCCAUGGGGAAGACACCGGCGAGGAACAAGACUCAGCACACAGCGAAACCCAUGACAAGAGUGACAAAACUGUUGAGCCAACAGUGGAUAAAGCCAAGCCCAGAUACAAGAUCCAAAGCAUGAAAUGGGGUCUCGUCCCUUUCUGGACCAAGCGGCAACCGGACUACGGUUCUAUGAUGCGUACGAUCAACUGUCGCGACGACUCACUGAUCGAAGAUCGUGGCAUGUGGACAACUAUGAAACGGCGCAAGCGAUGCAUUGUUGUCUGCCAGGGCUUCUAUGAAUGGCUGAAGAAGGGACCAGGGGGCAAGGAGAAGAUCCCACACUUCGUGCGGCGCAAAGACGGCGAUUUAAUGUGCUUUGCUGGGCUAUGGGACUGUGUGUCUUAUGAAGGCUCCGAGGACAAGCUGUAUACUUACACUGUUAUCACGACAUCUUCCAAUUCCUACCUGAACUUUCUACAUGACCGCAUGCCUGUCAUUCUUGACCCCGGCACCGAAGAAAUGCGCACAUGGCUUGAUCCCAGCCGGACAACAUGGUCGAAGGACCUACAGUCUAUCUUGAAGCCGUACGAGGGCGAACUGGAGUGUUAUCCAGUCUCGAAGGAGGUCGGCAAAGUCGGGAACAAUUCUCCUGAUUUCAUUGUGCCUGUCAACAGCAAAGACAACAAAAACAACAUUGCGAAUUUCUUCGCCAAUGCCAAAAAGAAAGAGGACACCUCUCCGAAGAAGGAGGCUGCUUCACAGGAGGAUACAAAGGUCAAGAAUGAAGAGGAGGAACGGUCUGCUACAGAAGGUGUAAAAAGAAAGCAUACUCCAGAUUCGCCGAGCGUCAAGGAUGAGAGUAAGAAACUGAAGUUGCAGCAACCCUCGAAGUCUCCUUCACCGCAAAAACCGAAGACACGGAGUGCCACCCAAAACACACCUAUGAAGAAAACUGCAAAGGCAACUGAUGGCUCGCAGCGAAUUACCAAUUUUUUCAAGAAAUAA